GAAAAAGAGGAUGCCAACAAGAGCACUCUGGACAACUUAGAAUAACAAGCAACUUUGAAAAGGAAAGCAAAUCAAUCCAGAAAUCAAAAUAUCUUCCAUUUCCUUUAGAAAAAUAUACAAUUCUCCUCAGAAGGUGAUAAUCAAAAGAGAGAAAAUCAACAUAGAUUUCAAGCUGGAAUAAAUAGAGUACAAGGAACACAAGGAAGCAUUACAUGAAAAGUCAAGGGAGAUUAUUUUUCCAUUUAGAAAAAGAGUGAAAUAUCUGGAAGUCAGUCAAUAUCUGGAGGAAAAGGUCAAUUGGGAAGCCACAUAGGGCAGACAAUAAUGGAGGAUUCACCCUGUAAGGAAGAAAACAAUAACUUGAACCAAAGCUGCAUCCAACAAGGAUCACACAUACUUUUGACCUCUUCAAGAAUAUCAGUGUUGAAAAAGUUGCACAGACCUGCCUAUUAUGGACAAAGAACAGAUUGCAAAUCAGAGCUGAUUAUGGACAACACAAUCCAUUCUGGAGAAGAGCCAUACAAAUUAUCUGAAAGUGACAAAAUCUUAGGUCAGAACAGCUCCCUUGUGGAUCAUGGAAGGACCCACACAGGAGAGAUGCCCUACAAGUGCUCCGAAUGUGGUAAAUGCUUUAGCAAAAAUGACAAACUGGAGAUACAUCAGCAGAUUCACAUCAGGGAGAAACUCUGUGACUGUCCUAUUUGUGGGAAAAGUUUUAUGACAAAUUCCCACUUGGUGAUACACCAGAAGUCUCACAUUGGAGAGAAACCCUUUGAAUGUGCUGAUUGUGGGAAACGUUUUAGUCAGAAAUCUAGCAUGAUGAAACACCAGAGGACUCACACAGAAGUGAAAUCAUUUGAAUACCCUGGUUGUAGUAAAAGUUUUGAUCCGAAUACCCACCUGGUGAUAUACCGCAGGACAUACACAGAAAAGAAAUCACAUGUGUGUCCUGAUUGUGGAAAAAGUUUUACGGCAAAUUCCCUUCUAGUGAUACAUCAGAGGACUCACACAGGAGAGAAACCUUUUGAAUGUUCUGAUUGUGGGAAAUGUUUCAGACAGAAAUAUAGCAUGAUGAAACAUCAGAGGAUUCACACAGAAUACCCUAAUUGUAGUAAAAGUUUUGAUCCAAUGACAUACAGGACGUACACAGGAAAGAAAUCAUAUAUGUGUCCUGAUUGUGGGAAAGGUUUCAUUGCAAAUUCCCACCUGGUGAUACACCAGAGGACUCACACAGGAGAGAAACCUUUUGAAUGUGCUGAUUGUGGGAAACGUUUCAGUCAGAAUUCCAGCCUGUUGAAACACCAGAGGACCCACACAGGAGAGAAACCAUUUGAAUGUCCUGAUUGUGGAAAAAGUUUCAGUUUGAAUUCCAAUCUGGUGAUACACCAGAGGAUUCACACAGGAGAGAAACCCUUUGAAUGUCCUGAUUGUGGAAAAAGUUUCAGUCAAAAUUCCCAUUUGGUAAUACACCAGAGGACUCACACAGGAGAGAAACCAUAUGAAUGUCUUGAUUGUGGGAAAUGUUUCAGUAAGAAUUCCAAUCUGGUGAAACACCAGAGAAUUCACACAAGAGAGAAACCAUAUGAAUGUUCAGAUUGUGGAAAAAGUUUCAGUCUGAAUUCCGACCUGGUGAUACACCAGAGGAUUCACAGAGGAGAAAAACCCUAUGAAUGUCAAGAGUGUGGGAAAACUUUCAGUUACCGUUCUGAUCUGAUGAAACACCAGAGGACUCACACAGGAGAAAAACCAUAUGAGUGUCUGGAGUGUGGUAAAUGUUUCAGUUACAGUUCUGACCUGGUGAAACACCAGAGGACCCACACAGGAGAGAAACCCUUUGAAUGUCCUGAUUGUGGGAAAACUUUUAGUCAAAAUUCCAACCUGGUGAAACACCAGAGGACCCACACAGGAGAGAAACCCUUUGAAUGUCGUGACUGUGGAAAAACUUUCAGUCUGAAUUUCAACCUGGUGAAACACCAGAGGACUCAUACAGGAGAUAAACCAUAUGAGUGUCCAGAUUGUGGAAAAAGCUUCAGUCACUGUUCUGACCUGGCAAUACACCAGAGGAGUCACACAGGAGAGAAACCUUUUGAAUGUCCUGAUUGUGGCAAAGGUUUCAGUCAGAAUUCCAACCUGGUGAGACAUCAAAGGAUUCACACAGGAGAGAAACCCUUUGAAUGUCCUGAUUGUGGAAAACUUUUCAGUCAGAAUUCUAGCCUGGUGAUUCACCAGAGGACUCACACAGGAGAGAAACCGUAUGAGUGUCCGGAUUGUGGAAAAGAUUUUAGUAGUAGGUCUAGUCUUCUAAGUCAUGUAGGUUUACACACAGGGGAGAAACCGUUCAGAUGCUCAGUCUGUGGACGGUACUUCAGGCAUAAAUCAUCCUUUAUUGCACACAAGGAAAUCCAUAUGAGGCAAACAUUGAUGAAUUUAGAAAAGUCUUGAAUUUUGUUUCUGAUUUCCAAUUGGGAGUAUAGGUGGGAAAUUGACUAUUUGGCUUCUGGCCUGAUUCUUUUUAGUCAACAUCUCUUAGGAUUAGAUUUGUAGAUUGAGAGGGAAAAAAAUGGAAAAGGCUACUUUCAUAAAGGCUAACUCCUGUUUCCCUUUUCAGCAAAAG